AGCAUUUGGACAGCUCCCGUUCGUGAGCCUCUUCGUACACAUGGAGCCCCCGGUGUGAACGUGAGGAGGGGCUGGAACCCCCCUCUCCACACAAAAAAAAAACAACGUUUACCCUCACACGAUGGGACCAUCUCCCCGGACUCGGUGACGCCGUCGCCCGCUGCCGAAGCAUGGUGCCCUCGUGCCGGAGGACGAGGUCUGUUUGUCGCGCUCUGUCCCCGGAAAGGCGACGCUGGUGCUCGGCGGAUUUCUCAGCCCAAUCAAGCCAAGAUCCGAGAUCUUCUCAUUGUGAUCUUCAUCAUCAGCGAGGAGGAAGAUGUGCCCGUCGUCACUGCGAGGGCAAAUGAGUCACGACCAGACUUUACACUAUGUAGAGCAAGGAAACGCAGGAGGUGUGAAAGGAGCCGAGGCAGGUCACUGUUGCUUUGAAUAUCAUUUUACACCAAGCCUGAUUUAGUGUGAACGUCCGUCGGGAGCCUUUCAACAUGAGCAACCACCAGGCUCCUCCCCAAGCUGCAUCCUCCGAGCUGGAGGUGAUCUCCCAGCAAGUGGAGGAGGAAAACCAGUGCGUGGCCCCAGUUCAGCUGGUUAGCUUCACCUACAGAGACUUGCCUCUGGCCGCCCUGGAUGUAUCCCUCGCUGGAUCUCAGCUCAUCUCAAACCCGGAUGAAGAGGACAACAGAGAAGGGUCCAACUGGCUGAAGCCGUGCUGCGGGGGCCGGGCGGCAUUGUGGCAAGUGUGCCUGGCGUCAGCCGGCUUCAACUGCGUCCUGGUGACCUGCGUGGUGCUGGUGGUGCUGCUGCUGACUCUGGAGCUGCUCGUCGACACCAAGCUGCUGCAGUUUAACAACGCAUCCCAGUUUGCCUGCGUCAUCCACUGGAUCAACCUGGCUAUCCUGUCUGUGUUCUUCACUGAGACCGUUUUCAGGAUCGUGGUCCUGGGGAUAUGGGAUUACAUCGAGAAUAAAGUGGAGGUGUUCGACGGAGCCGUCAUCGUCCUCUCACUGGCCCCCAUGGUGGCCUCCACGGUGGCCAACGGCCCCAGCAGCCCCUGGGACGCCAUUGGCCUCAUCAUCACGCUGCGCAUCUGGAGGGUCAAAAGGGUCAUUGACGCCUACGUGGUGCAAGUGAAGGUGGAGAUGGAGCUGGAGAUCCAGCAGUAUGAGAAGACCAAGGCGGUGAGAGAGGAACAGCUCGACCGCCUCACUCAGAUCUGCCAGGAGCAGGCGUUUGAGAUCCGGCAGCUGAGGGCCCACCUGGCCCAACAGGACCUGGAUCUGGUGGCGGAGCGGGAGGCAGCCAUGCAGAUCCACCAUUUGUGGGGUAAACCGGGCAGCAGUUUCCAUGAGGUGGACGGACUGGCCCCUGGGGUCUCCGAACAUCACAGGCCGGCCAAAGUUAGAGAGCCCGGCGGGCCCUCAGAUCACCACGGCCAGGACGACAUGAACAACUACAUCAGUCAGUACUACAGCGAGCCAAGCAGCGGUGAGCAUCAACGACAUCCCUUUCACUCCACCAUCCCGGUAUCUGUAUCAGUCCGUGUGCUGUCUCUUGUAGACAUGGGCAUCCCGGACCCCGCCGCGCGCGUCAUCACCACGGCGGCCAUCGACGUCCACCUGCCCGACAACCCCAGCCAGCUCCCCCCGUCUCUGGUGAGCGCGGACGGCGUGUCUGGCCUGCAGCGCGCCAACAGCUCGGCCAGCGAAGCCUCGGCCACCACGGCGUCACGCAUCAGCAGCCGCACGCUGGGGUCGGCCGCCGACUACAGCUCCACUGUGCGCGAGGCGUCUACGUCCACGGACUACAGCGACCAACACUGCUACCCGCCCCCCUACAGCAGCCCCCUGGCCCUGGGGACUCAGCCCAGGGGGAGUCCCAGCGCCGUGGUGCAGGAGCUGCUCUCCUCUUUGUCCGAGGACUCCUGUCUCACCCAGAAGGGCCUGGACCCCGUCAACCUCAAACCGCCCAGCCCGACCGGUUCCACUAAAAACAGCUCCGAGCUGGAAAACAGGAUGAACAUCUACAACAAGAGGAACCAGGAGACCCGGCUCAGGUCGCACAGCAAACCCCUCAUCCAACUGCAGGGCACUGAAGCUUUCCUGGAGGAGAAGUACCGGAUGAUGGAGCCGGUCGACGCUCCGAUCCAUCAUCUGUCUGGGACAUAAGGCUGUGGCGGAGUGCAGGAACAGGAACCUGCCUUGAUGCGCCAAACCACCAUCUGUCAGAGACAUAAGAUAGUGGACAAAAAAAGGAACCUUGAUAGAUUCUCAAAUCCAUCAUCAGUCUGAGAUAUAAGGUGAUAAAAUUUAGCAGGAACAGGAAUCUUCAUAGAUGCUCCAGCCAAUCACCCACCUGGGACAUAACAUGGUGGAAAAGAGCCGGAACAGGAACCUCACUUGAUGCUCCAAACCACCCUCUGUCUGAGACAUAAAAUGGUGGAUGAGAAUAGGAACAGGAACCUCAAAAGAUAUUUGAAUCCAUCAUCUGUAUGACACAUAAAGCAGUGAAAGAGACCAGGAACAGGAACCUCCAGAGAUGCUCUAGUUCAUUAUGUGUGUGGGAAUUAAAAUUGUGGAUGAAAGCAGGAAGAGGAACCUCAAUAGAUGCUUGAAUCCAUCAUCUGUCUGAGACAGAGAGUGGCACAGAGCAGGAACAGGAAGGUAAAUUGAUGUUCCCAUCUUUCUCAGACAUAAGGUGGUGGUAGAGAGCAGAACUUCAAUAGCUGCUCCAUUUCAGCGCCUGUCUUGGACAUUACAUGGUGGAGGGGAGCAGAAACAGAAACCUCAAUUGAUCCACCAGUCUAUCAUCUGUCUGGGACUCAAUAUGGUGGAUGAGAGCAGGAACCUAAAUAGGUGCUCCUGUCCAUCAUCUGUCACGGACACAACAUGGUGGAGAGGUGGCGGUGAAGAACAGGAGCAAGCACGUCAACGGGCUUCAUUUGUACACUUUUGUGCCCAUGAACCUGCUAGAGGACCACCUAUCAGGAAAUGACUCUCACUAAGACACUUUGAUAAUUUGACAAAACUUGACCAGCAACAGGAAGCAUUCCUAAUGCUGCAUGAACUUAGAACCUCUGCAAGCACAUCUGCCCUUUUAAUAAAACAUCGUAAAAGCAGUUUGAUGGAAUAACUGCAGGGUACAGUGGAAUCAGUGUUUGUCAUUUUUAAUCUUUGUCUUUCUAUUUUAGCAAUGUUUGUAAUCUAAAUUCUAUGAACGGAGUUUAAAAAAAAAAAAAAAAGACUUUUUCAAUCUAAUCAAGUUCAGCUUCUUCAGUACUGGAAUUUACAUCAAGGUGUAUAUUAUUGUAUUAUUGACUUUUAAAGGUUGUUAAUCUGUGUAAAUAUUUGUAAACAAGAAUGUGCGUCUACUACCAAUUGAUUAUAGCAUGAAGCUUCUAAAAUAUUGCACACCAACUUUAUAGUACUGGCAACAGACGUUUUCUAUCUCGGUCAUUAUGGAGGGCUGACACUACAGAGAGCGACCAAU